CACCUCAGUUGGGGGCCUUACUGUGUCUCUGGCUCUGCUCGUCUGCUCUAUUCCUAAAUACAGUUUAACGUUACUGGACAGACAUGCCACCUAAAGGAAAGGGUGGCAAAGGAGCAAAAGGUGCAAGUGCUUCAGGAAGCGGUGACAGUGACAAGAAAGAGAAAACGCCAAAGGGAGGAACUGCUGUUAAGGUGCGCCACAUCCUUUGUGAGAAGCAUGGAAAGUGUAUGGAGGCUAUGGAGAAGCUGAAGUCAGGUGUGCGAUUCAGUGAGGUGGCAUCACAGUACAGUGAAGACAAAGCCAGACAAGGGGGCGACCUUGGCUGGAUGACAAGGGGCUCCAUGGUGGGACCAUUCCAGGAUGCGGCGUUCGCCCUGCCCGUGAGCACUAUGGACAGACCAGUGUACACAGACCCUCCUGUCAAGACAAAGUUUGGCUAUCACAUCAUCAUGGUAGAGGGCAAGAAGUGAUACAGUCCAAGCAGCGAAAAGAGUAUAUCACUUUGUACACAUUGUUUUUGGUAGAGGGUGUAAUUACAUAAACUUGAUUUUUCCAGGACUUGAAAAUCUAAGUUGACUAGAACUUGU